AUGUCAAAAGCACGGUACGAAAUAUUUCAUGAUAUGUUAAAAUUAAUCAAGCAAGCUCACUCCAAGGCUAGAUCCCACUUCAAUGACACCAACGAACCAGUCGCUCUAACAGCUUUCGGCAUAACCUUUUAUAUAAUCACGCAAGCAAAACACUCCGCCGAAGUCUACCGCAACACAGAAACAUUAUCGUUCGAAGAAUUCGUUCAAGGCCUUAUGAGAACCAACGGCAGCAAUGAGAAAGUUAUUCAAGUCAUGUAUUCGUCCCUCCCUGUCGACAAGCCCGGGUUUCCCAAUCCUCUAGGCGAAUCCCUAGGUGUCCUCGCGCAGAAAAUGCAUAUCCAUCAACUCAACCCUGGGAACAACUUGAUGCUUCUUCAGAAGCAGGGUCUGAUCUACAUCGACCAUCUUCUACGUCUGGGAACUAUGCAAUCCGUAUGCAAGUACGCCACGUCUCGGAGCGCAACUCAUAUCGAGGUUCCUCUUUAUAAAUGGUGCGGGGAUUCUUUUGUUCGACUCGGUCAACACGUCUAUGUUGGGGAGGCUCUCGAUGAAAUCGAUCCCUUGCUUCCUAAAGCCUUUCUGGACUUUGAUGAGAGGAGUUGGAAGAUGCUGUAUCAGUACCCUGACUUUCUGUCUCGCGACAUGUCUACACCCCGAACCCGUGUUGUUUCUUCCUUGACGAGGUACUUUCAAAUACCAAAAUAUCUCAGAAGCGACGGGGCUGCUUGGCUGAUCAACGCCAUGGAAGAGGAGAUGAGAGCCCUUGUUGUGGACGACGAGAAUCUUGCCAUCCUCAUGCUCCAUCUGUACUUUGUGUAAGACUCCCACCAGCUAGAAUGAUGACGAAAAUAACUGAUACCAUCAUCUCUAGAAUCAACACCAGUACCCGCAAGAGUGCCUUCUGGGUACUCACAUACUUGCUCCACAACCCCACGCUUCUGAAAGCCUAUCGAGAGGAAACAGAAGCCGCUUUCAGACACGGAGAACUGAUCGAUCCAUCAUACAUCCAAGAUCCUAUAAAAUGUCCCCAAGUCGACCGCAUCUGGCACGAGACACUACGCCUCGCCAGUUGGUCCGCAUCCAUCCGUCGCAUCACCCAAGACACCACCAUCGGCGGCAAAGUCAUGCUCACAGGCAACCGCGUGCUGGUGCCCCAUCGACUCCUCCACUUCGACGCCACCAUCUUCGGCGAGAACCCCCAAUCUUUUAUUCCCGAGCGAUGGCUGAAAGAGAAUCUGGGACGUAGCACCUCCUGGCGUCCCUUUGGCGCGGGGAAAACGACGUGUAGUGGGAGGUUUCUGGCUCGCUUUGAGGUUACUACCUUCGUAGUGAUUUUGUUGAGAAGGUUUGAUGUGGAGAUGGUGGGGAGUCCGCAGUUUCCUGUAGCGGAUGUGGGGAGACCUGUUUUGGGGAUUAUGUCGAUUAGGAAGGGACAUGAUUUUAGGGUUAGAUUGUCUGAGAGAAGAUACUAA